GUCAUCGAAGGCAACACAGCUAGUCGAUCGUCACGAACGCUGCAAUGAGAUUGCGUCUCUCGUUUUUCUUGGAGUCUGUGAUCGCAACACGGCGCGUCCAUUGCCCUUGAAAUUGCGUCUGCUGCUCCAGUUCUCGUCGGCACUGGACGCAGCGCGGCUUGUGCAUUGUACUGGCCCUUUAAGUGCACAUGAAAGGCGCUUGAGUCAUUUGGGAGGAAGAGGAGGAGGAAGAGGCGGCGAGGUAGCGGACCAAAUGGUUUGACAUUCGCCAGCACGGCAAUGGAGGAGAGCGUCACCGUGACGACGGUGCUCGUCGGGACCGUCCUGGUGCUUCCCGUCUCGGCUUUGUUCGCCAGCGUGUGGCUGUGGCCCGGUAUGAUCAUCCGGGCUUAUAACUGGUUCCUGCGUCUCAAAUUGGGUCUGGUGGUCCGCUACUCGUACAGCGGCGGCUAUCGUUUCUGCUAUUUCAGCCGCGGGACGCCAGGGGGCGCUAUGCCGUCCUUACUGCUCCUGCACGGUUUCUCCGCCUCCAAAGACAUGUGGUUGCCCUUCGUCAAGUACGUCCCCGUUGAGCAGCACAUGCUGUGCGUGGACAUGCCAGGCCACGAGGGGACCAGUCGCACCGGGUCCGAGGACUACAGCAUUCGGGGUCAGGUUGCCCGAAUCCACCAGUUUGUGCAGAGCGUUGGUCUGGACAAAAGACCCUUUCACCUGGUGGGGACGUCCAUGGGGGGCAACGUCGCGGGCGUCUACGCCGCCACCUAUCCCGCGUACCUGUCCGGCGUCACCUUGAUGUGCCCUUCAGGUUUGGUGUAUCCCACCGACUCGGAGUUCAUCGUCCGUCUGAGGGAGUUGGAGAAGAACCCCGAGGAGUCGUCCAUCCCUCUGAUUCCGUCCAGCGCCCGGGAGCUGGAGGAGAUGUUGCGCCUGUGCUGCCAUCAGCCCCCCAAGCUGCCUCGGCAGGUGCUGCGCGGCCUCCUGGACAACAGGAUCCACCACAACCGCUUUUACAGAGAACUGUUCAUGGAGCUGGUGGAGGAAAAGUCUCGCCACUCGCUGCAAGAAAAUCUGCAUUUGAUCACGUCGCCCCUGCAAGUCCUUUGGGGGAAGCAAGACCAGGUUCUGGAUGUUUCCGGGGCGUCUGCGCUGCAGGCGGCGGUGCCCCGCAGUCAGCUGUUUCUUUUGGACGACUGCGGCCACACCAUCGCGCUCGAGAGGCCCAAGAAGGCCGCACAGCUCGUCAUGGACUUCCUGUCUGCGCAGGAAGUCCACAACAAAGAUGUGAAGAAAAAACAUUCCUGAACAGGAGAUUGAGUAUUGUACAAUACAAAUUAUAUAGCUGAUAUAAUUUGUUAGAAAUACAUGAUUGGAAUGAAAGAUUUGUGUUCGAAUGUAUUAGGAAUAUUCAUGAUGUUUUAAUAUUUUAAAGGUUUUAAUGGGUUUCUUGCUGAGUUUGUUGUGAUUUUUGUGUUCAUUUCGGAUACCGAAGCAGAUCUUUAAACCUCAACAAAAGCACUUAUAAGUAAUUAAGUUGUCUAAUGUAUUUGUCUACCUGUACUGUUUGUUUUAAAUGCAACUAUUGAAGCAUCUCAAUGACUGUCAUAUUCAACAGUGUCUCUUUGGACAUCAAAUACAGUUUAUGAGCAAAAAAUAAAUAAAUAAAAUAACCAUGUGUUCAUAACUGCAUUAAAGGA